AUGGGAUGUUCAGAAUCUACAGAUUAUAAGUCUUCGCUAUAAUUGAGCCAAGACUCAACACUAGAUACAUAUAGAAUAUCUCAAAUAAAACCGAAACCAUAACAAAAUUAUCUAGAUUCAGAAGACUUUGAGGAUUUUGACACAUCUGAAUUGAGCAUUGAAUAAACAUGCUUUCAUCUCUAUGAUAAUCUUCUCAAAAAAGUUGUAACUGUCCCAAAAUUGAAAUCAGUCACUUAUUCAACCAUUCUCAAAAGAAGAAACCUUAAAACAUGA